AUGGCUUCGCUGUUUCAAAUGGAUCGGGUGCUCUAUCAGUGCGGAUGUGAAGACUGGUGGCCUCUCUGUAACCUCUAUUUUUGCCGACACUGCUCCAUACUUCGAUGCAUAUCAUGCAGUCUCAACGAAAUUGAUUCAACCUUCUGUCCAAACUGCUUGGAGAACAUUCCAGCUGGCGAGGCUCGAGUGAAGAAGAAUAGAUGCAUCAACUGUAACCAGUGCCCAGUAUGCUCAAUGGUAUUAACAACAAGAGCAGUUGGUGAAUCAUGCCACUUAAUGUGUUCAACCUGUCGAUGGUCAACUAGGGACUCAGGCACGCCUGACCAGCCAUCCAGCAUAAAUUGGCCUGUACAUGAAAGCACUUUGGACAAAGAGCUCGGCGAAGUUUUGGAGAGAAUGCGUGUUUUGGCGGCGGCGGAAAAGGCUCAGCGGGAUCAAGUGAAGCUAAAUAAAAGGAGAUCUCAUAAUGUAGGGAGUCUUUUGACGGACCGUUAUGGGCUACAAGCAAUCUAUCAAAAACGCAAGAAAACAUUCGAAAAGCCUCUUCCACAAAUGCCUUUGCAUCUAUCUUCUGAUGAGUAUCUUGAUGACUCAAUUGAGCCUUUCCUUAGAAUCUCGUCUUCGGCAACCGCUUGCUUCUGGUCGACCACUACGACCUGUCAGAAUGCCAUUGAAAGCUAG